CCUCCCUCACACACACCCCAGCUCCACGAUUUCAUUGCCUCCGCCCUUCGGCCCACAACCUUCGGAGACCUGGUCGUUUGCGCCUUGGUCUUGACGCCGCUGGUAGUUGUCGAUAUACCAAGCGGCAAGGCGGACCCGCCUGGCCUGGCUCCCUGCGUUAUCACCGUCCCUCAUGCCGGUUACACGCGCAGACGCCGCCGCAAAGGCGGACAACGCCUGCUUUGAGGAGUCCCUCGCCUCAAAACCCUUCCUCUUUGUCAUCGGCGAGGAGUGCAAAGAAUUCCACGUUCACAAGGAACUCAUCGGACAGUUGUCUCCCGCGCUCAAUGCCCUCGUCAAUGGCCAGAUGAAAGAAGCGAGAGAGGGCCGCGUCGAAUGGCCAGACCUGGACACCGACACCUUUGUUCGCUUCGCAAAGUAUGCUUACUCGCGUGACUACACCGAGGCUGAGCCUGAGAUUCUGACACCUCUAAUUACCGUGUUUGAGGAUCACUCUGCCACCGAGCAACAGGGCUCGCAGGGCUCGCAGGGUUCGGAGCGAGAGACGAUAGACCUAGCAAUCCACCAGGACCACGAGUCUUCCUCUUCCUCUUCUAUUAGCGGCGAUGACGAAGAGGGCUCUACGUCCAUGAGUGAGGAUGAUGACGAUGAAGGCGACGAUGAUGAAGAAGAUGACGACGAAGACGACGAAGCAGAACACGGCCAUAGGGAUCCCACUGCCAACAGGAUUGAGAGUGCCGAAUCUAGCUCCGUCGCUUCGUCCACGUUGAGCGAGGCCGAAACCAACCAUGCUCCUCACAAACUCCCGUACUCUAUUAAAUACUACAUGGGUAGAUGGGAGAGUCGCCUCGACACUCUCCUCACACACAGCACCCAGCAGGACUUGCGCAAUCAUGAAGCCCACCCUCAAAAACGCCGCCGCCUUCUCGAUACCACCGAGUAUCGGCUCGACCCCCGCUUCCAUGACAAGUACGAGGCUAUGAAGCACUUCGAGCAGUUCAAUGUUCCUAGCCUCGUGGCUCCCACUGCACAGGCCGCUGCCGCUGAUGCUCGUUGGCGACCCCGACCUAAUGUCGACAUGUGGGAGUCGUACCGCUCUGUAUUCCUCAGCCACGCCAACCUCUACGUUCUCGCCGACAAGUACGGCGUCGAGGACCUGAGAGCUCUGACGCUGCGACGCCUGCAUCAUGCCCUGAUGGAGUUCACCAUCUUCCCCGAGCGCAUCCCAGACCUCGUCGCCAUUGUCCAUACAAUCUACGAUAACACCGUCGAGGACGACGUGGCCCGAAAUAUGAUCGUUGCAUUUUUCUCUUGUAUCGGCGAGGACGUGAAGACUUGCGAAGAGUUUCGGGCUGCGCUGCGCUGCCAGGGCGAUUUUGCGGAUGAUUUGUUCCAGAAGAUUACGAAUCGGUUAUACGGAGAGGUUAUGUAAAAAGGGAACAAUAGGAAAAGACUGGCGUUUGGGAUACAUGUAAGACUUGGGGAACGACUGGUGUGUCAAUAGGUUACACAACGAACUGUUCACGUGUAUGAAUGGGAAACGUAGCCUCAAAUAAUAACGAAGAAGAAUUUUCUCUCCA